AUGUACAAAGGAAAUUCCACGAAGGGUUCGGUUAUCGUUUUAAAUCGCCCUAAUACAGCGCUUAUCAGUGCACAAGUUAUCGACGAACUUAAGUUAGUAAAAUACGACGAGGGAGUCUCGAAUGCCGACGGCAUGAUUAACGAAAUCAAGGAUACAUCAUUGCUCAAUAAAUAUCCAAAUCUCUUCAGUGACAAACUAGGAGAAUGCACUAAGUCAAAUGUCAAGUUACGCCUUAAGCCGAAUACUCAACCUACGCACGCUACACGCCGUCCAGUACCGCUUGCGCUGGAGGAACAGCUCAGUUUCGAGCUUGAUCGGCUCGUGGAAAACGGGAUUUUAACACCCGUAGAUGUUUCAGAAUGGGCAGCCCCCAUUGUCGUCGCAAGAAAAUCAAACGGGAAUAUACGCAUUUGCGCUAAUUAUUCCACAGGAUUAAACGAAGCUCUGGAUGCGGAUGACUUCCCCAUUCCAAAUAUUGAAGAUAUUUUGGCCAAGCUUCAAGGGAACACCGUCUUUUCACAACUCGAUCUAUCCGAGGCAUAUUUUCAAUUAAAGUUGGACGAGGAAAGCAAACCUUUGACAACUAUAAAUACUCAUCGAGGAUUGUUCAUGUUCAAUAGGCUGGUUUUUGGUCUGAAACCGGCCCCAGCUAUUUUCCAACGCACAUUAGAGCAAGCUCUUGCAGAUAUCCCUGGCGUUGUGGUAUAUCUCGAUGAUAUUCUCAUCUAUGGUCGUAAUCGUGACGAGCACGACGAGCGCCUCAACGCAGUUCUAAAUCGUCUUCAAGACUGGGGAUUUAGACUGGGCAUCAGAAAAUGUAAGUUCCACAUGCCUUCUGUGAAAUAUCUAGGCUUUGUUAUUUCUUCCAGAGGUAUUGAACCAGAUUCAACUCGUGUCAAACCAGUUAAGUCUAUGAAAGAACCAAGCAAUACAAAGGAAGUUAGAGCAUUCUUGGACGCUCCUUUUGCCUGGAAUUCUGCUUGUAAGAAAGCUUUUCAUAAGAUUAAGGAAGUGCUAACGGGUCCACUGAUUCUCGCUCAUUUCGACCCUCAACAAUCAUUAAUUGUCGCUGCCGAUGCGAGUCCUACAGGUAUCGGUGGUGUUCUGCUUCAACGCUAUCCCGAUGGACAAGUAAAAGCCAUUUUUCACAUGUCAAAAGCUUUGACGAAAACGCAACAAGGUUAUAGCCAAAUAGAAAAAGAAGCAUUGGCACUGGUUACUGUCGUUGAACGUUUUAGAAAGUUUUUAUAUGGCCGACAUUUCAUACUUCAAACAGAUCAUCGGCCCCUUCUGGUUCUGUUCCGUUCGUCUAAAACAAAAGGAUUGGAUACUCGUACUGCAAAUCGCUUGAAGCGAUGGGCCCUUCGCCUCAUUGGUUAUGAUUUCGAGAUAGAAUAUGUCAAAUCUGAGCAUUUCGGUCAAGCAGACGCCUUGUCCAGACUUAUUCAAGAAGCCAAAGCAGGUUCUACCGAUCCAGAAUUGGAAGAAGUCGUCGCUUCAUUGCAGGAAAUAGAGACGGAAUUACAACAGUUAGUUCAAGAAUCAGGUUGUUUUCUGCCUAAAACAGCUCGGGAGGAGCUACAACGGGCUACAUACAAAGACGGAAUUCUAGCCGAGGUCAUCGAUCGUUUACAGACUGGUUGGUUAAGUUCCGAUACCAAAGACAGUGAUCUACUUCACUAUUAUCGCCGUCGUGACUAUCUAUCUGUGGUGGAUAGAACGCUCGUAUCCGACGACAAGAUCGUGAUACCGCAUAGCCUUCGACCGGAUGUACUCCGUCAGUUACAUGUGGCACACCCGGGUAUUCGUCGCAUGGUGCAGUUGGCCCGACAUUAUUUCUACUGGCCCGCCAUGAAAUCCGACAUCGAGAAGUUUGUCAAAAGCUGCAAACAUUGCGCAGAGACUGCAUCGAAUCCUAUCAAGGAACAACUUCAUCCAUGGCCAGAAUCCAAAUCGUCGUGGGAACGUAUCCACAUGGAUUUUGCUGGGCCAAUUCAAGGACAAUGGCUACUCAUUAUCGUUGAUAGCUAUUCUAGAUUCGUGGAUGCCGAAUGGUUUUCAACAAUUACAGCAGCAGCUACCUGUAAAUAUCUACGCCGUCUAUUCUUCAGAUAUGGUCCACCCAAAGUGAUUGUAUCUGAUAAUGGUACUCAAUUUACGGCAACGGAAUUCGCUCAACUCUGUACUGAGUUUAAUAUUAUACACUUACGUAGUCCCCCAGGACAUCCUCAAUCAAAUGGUCUAGCAGAGAGGAUGGUAAAUACAUUAAAGCGUUUAUUGGAGCUGCCGACUUCGUCGCAGAAGGAGACAAGAUUGAACCAAGUCUUGUACACAUCUGGAGACACGUAUUACAUACGUUAUAACUACACGCCGUGCGAAGCGACUCCUGACCAUAAGUCUCCGGCGGAGAUAUUCUUUGGACGCAAGUUUAGAACGCCGUUGGACAUCUUUACCCCCACGGAAAAGCCUAAGUCAAAUUUGUCUCAUCAACAGAGUCAAAUGAAGAAGCAAUUCGAUACGCAUCACGGUGCAAAGGCUCGUCAUUUCAUUCCAGGACAGCAGGUAUUGGUCCAACUCUCGGAUGGUUGCCGAGUUCCGGGGAAGAUAGUCAACAUCAUUGGUUCUACGAUUGCUCGAAUCCGCGUUGAUAAGGGAAUUAUCAAGCGGCACUUUAAUCAAAUCUGGAAUCGUACAGUCUCCUCCUCCGAGGAGACGAAUUAUAGCAUUGAGGACCUGCUACCAUCGGUACCAAAUCCAACAGCGGAUCCUCCUCCGUUUCAACUUCCAUUCGAGGGGGCUAAUUUCUCCAGUAACGUGGUCCCUCCGGCCCAGGCCCAGGAAGAGCCAGUAGUUCGACGCUCCAGUCGUCUAGCAAGAGACGCUCGCCUGAAUUAUCGGAGUUUGGCUGGCUUCCGCCCCUAUGGAAAGCAUUCUGCUUAG